GUUCCAAAGAACUGCUGGUUUAUAUUUUAGCUCUUGCCGAGUUGUGAAAAUAGUGAAGGAUGAUUAUACUACUUAACCUCCAAAUUGCUCUCUGGUUAAUCAUCUUUAGAAGACUGGAUUUCUGGAAAUCUCCUUCACUCCAUGUCUAUUGACUUUUAAAAACAUGAUAAUGCAAUCCUGUAACACUGGCAAUCAUCCAUGAACCUUUAAAUUAUACUGCUUAAUAGCAUUUGAAGCUUCCUCAGGGAAUAACAAUGACAUCAGCAGUGGUUGACAGUGGAGGUUCUAUUUUGGAGCUUUCCAGCAAUGGAGUAGAAAAUCAAGAGGAAAGUGAAAAGGUUUCUGAAUAUCCAGCAGUGAUUGUGGAGCCAGUUCCAAGUGCCAGAUUAGAGCAGGGCUAUGCAGCCCAGGUUCUGGUCUAUGAUGAUGAGACUUACAUGAUGCAAGAUGUGGCAGAAGAACAAGAAGUUGAGACCGAGAAUGUGGAAACAGUGGAAGCAUCAGUUCAUAGCAGUAAUGCACACUGUACAGAUAAGACAAUUGAAGCUGCUGAAGCCCUGCUUCAUAUGGAAUCUCCUACCUGCUUAAGGGAUUCAAGAAGUCCUGUGGAAGUGUUUGUCCCUCCUUGUGUAUCAACUCCAGAAUUUAUCCAUGCUGCUAUGAGGCCAGAUGUCAUUACAGAAACUGUAGUGGAGGUGUCAACUGAAGAAUCGGAACCAAUGGAUACCUCUCCUAUUCCGACAUCACCAGAUAGCCAUGAACCGAUGAAAAAGAAAAAAGCUCAAAGGGCUUCGCAGAUUAUCAGAUCCUCUGCAAUAGUUGGCCGUAAACCAAAGACCCAGCAAUCACCAAUCUCCAAUGGGUCUCCUGAGUUAGGUAUAAAGAAGAAACCCAGAGAAGGAAAAGGAAACACAACCUAUUUGUGGGAGUUUCUUUUAGAUCUACUUCAAGAUAAAAAUACUUGUCCUCGGUAUAUUAAGUGGACUCAGAGAGAAAAAGGCAUAUUCAAGCUUGUGGAUUCAAAGGCUGUCUCUAAACUUUGGGGAAAGCAUAAGAACAAGCCAGAUAUGAACUAUGAAACUAUGGGACGAGCUCUGAGAUACUAUUACCAAAGGGGUAUUCUUGCAAAGGUUGAAGGACAGAGGCUUGUAUAUCAGUUCAAGGAUAUGCCCAAAAACAUAGUGGUCAUAGAUGACGACAAAAGUGAAACUUGUAAUGAAGAUUUAGCAGCAGCUACUGAUGAAAAAUCCUUAGAACGAGUGUCACUGUCUGCAGAGAGUCUCCUGAAAGCAGCAACCUCUGUUCGUGGUGGGAAAAACUCAUCUCUGAACUGCUCCAGGGCAGAGAAGGGUGUAGCUAGAGUUGUAAACAUCACUUCCCCUGGUCAUGAUCCUCCAUCCAGGUCUCCUACUACUACUGCGUCUGUGUCAGCAACAGCAGCUCCAAGGACAGUUCGUGUGGCAAUGCAAGUACCUGUUGUAAUGACAUCGUUGGGUCAGAAAAUCUCAACUGUGGCAGUUCAGUCAGUUAAUGCAGGUGCACCGUUAAUAACCAGCACUAGUCCAACAACAGCAACCUCUCCCAAGGUAGUUAUUCAGACGAUCCCUACUGUGAUGCCAGCCUCUUCUGAAAACGGAGACAAAAUCACCAUGCAGCCUGCCAAAAUUAUCACCAUCCCAGCUACACAACUUGCACAGUGUCAGCUGCAGACAAAGUCAAAUCUGACUGGGUCCGGAAGCAUUAACAUUGUUGGAACCCCGCUGGCUGUGAGAGCACUUACCCCCGUUUCAAUAGCCCACGGUACACCUGUAAUGAGACUAUCAGUGCCUACUCAACAGGCGUCUGGCCAGACUCCUCCGCGAGUUAUCAGCGCGGUCCUGAAGGGGCCAGAGGUCAAAUCAGAAGCAGUGGCAAAAAAGCAGGAACAUGACGUGAAAACUUUGCAGCUGGUACAAGAAGAAAAACCAGCAGAUGGAAGUAAGACAGUGACCCACGUAGUGGUUGUCAGUGCGCCUUCAGCUAUUGCCCUUCCUGUAACUAUGAAAACGGAAGGACUAGUGACAUGUGAGAAAUAAAAGAGCAGCUCUACCGUGGACUUUAGACUGUUAGUGAUAGUACUAACAUAAAUAUUUGCAAGGGAGGUCAUCAAACAAAGUCAAAAGAAGACUUUAAAACAUUUUUAACGCAUCUAAGAAAACAAUCAGACUUACUGGAAAUAAAUUACCUAUCCCAUGUUUCAGUGGGAAAUGAACUACAUACAGAGAUGCUGACAGAAAACUGCCUCUUACAGUAGGAAACAACUGAACCCGUCAAUAAGGAAAAGGAUUGAAAGGGACCAAGCAACUCACUACAAUAUCCAGUUACACUAAGACUUGGAACACUAACACUCUGUAAGAGGUUAUAUAGUUUUCAGUGGGGAGGGGUUGGGACGGGUGAUCUCAUUGUUACAUAGAGCAAUUUUUGAUGCAUUUUAUAUGCAUACCAGCAAUUAUUACUGUGUUCACACAGAACUCACUUAACUGGUGCUAUGUGAAGACUGCUAAUAUAGGUAUUUUAGAAUGUGAAUUGAAAAUGGAUCCAAAAGCUUUUCAGAAAGAGGAUAGCAAAAAAGACCUAGUGCGAUUUUUUUUUUAUAUCAUAUAGCUUAAGCUGAUUUAAAACAAAGGCCUUAGACUAAUUUUCAGUUUUCUUUAUUGAAAUAAGCUAAUGGCUUGUUUGUGUAAAGCUUUUUUUAUUAAAAGAAAAAUUUUAAAAAUCUUGUACCUAGCACAGUAUUGUUAUAGAAUUUACAUGUAACAUUUUAUAUGGUAGUUUAAGUCUGUCAGUUUCUUAAUUGUGGACAAAUUAACAGUUGGCUCUGGCCUUUUGCUGUAACCUGCCUGUGUCACUCACUUAGCCCUGGCAUCUGUGCAGACAUAGCAGUUUCAGUUCUACUGUCACUUGGAAGUUCAGGCUCAGCAUGAAUUUUUGUCAGGUAGCUCUAAUACCUGGUGUUUUGUUUUGUUUUUUUCCUUCCUUCCUUUUUUUUUUUUUAGUUGAAGUUUAAGAGGGAAAGUACCAGUGUUCAGAUUUGAACUAUAAUAGUUUGUAUAUUCAACAUUUGAAGUAUAUUCUAUUUUGUUGUACUCUUGUUUCAAAGUGUAUUCAAGUAGGUUUUCUGAAAUAUAGAAAUGAAAUUUAUGUUGUGUUUUGGUCUCUGGUGAUAUUUAUAACAAUAUUCAAAAGCUAGUAUAGAGACACUGUUUAAGUAUAGAAGUCUUAUUUCUCCUUCCCAACUACUGUGUGAAAAAAUUUUCCUUCUGUUUGUUCCAUUACAUUAAUAUUUGGCAAGUAUCUGCAUGUUGCCACUUAUUUUCUAAUUACUAUCAUGAACUAUAAUGUUCUACUUACCAUGAGUUUAUUAUUUUAAUGUUGGCCACACUUAAAGAAAUUUCUCAAACAGACCUUUUGAGGGUUAAGAAGAUCAAGUGAUACUCUAGCCCUUUUACAAAUUAGGAAAUGGAGGUACUAGUGGGAUUACAUGAAUUUCCUAAUUUCACACCAAAUUAGGUCCUGUGACCCCACAUCUUAAUGCUCUUUCUACUACAAAGAAAAGUUGUCUAUUUUUACAUCUUUUAGAAAUUUAAAUAAACUGAUACUUAAUGUUUUGUGGCCUUCAGUUGUGCAUUUGAUCAGACACUACUUAGGUUGACAAAGAUUUUUAUAAUAGCACCCUUUGUAAUCGUUUAAUUUUCCAGACAUACCUGAUGGUACUUUUUAAUAAAAUCUCAAAGAAAAA